UUGACUUGACCUCUUGCGUUAGCUGCCAGGGCUGCAUGAGGACAGUAAGAGCGGUGAACAGCAUGGCUUACAGUGCGAAGAUCGGUCCGUCCAUCCUGAGCAGCGACCUGUCCUGUCUGGGCAGCGAGUGCGUCCGGAUGAUGGAGUGCGGGGCGGACUACCUGCACCUCGACGUCAUGGACGGGCACUUUGUCCCUAACAUCACAUUUGGCCACCCCAUGGUAGAGUGCCUAAGGAAGUCAGUAGGCCAAGACCCUUUCUUUGACAUGCACAUGAUGGUGUCUCGGCCGGAGCAGUGGGUGAAGCCAAUGGCUGCAGCGGGGGCCAACCAGUACACGUUCCACAUAGAGGCCACCACUAACCCUGGAAACCUCAUCAAGGAGAUAAAAGAGAGUGGCAUGAAGGUGGGUUUGGCCAUAAAGCCUGGUACUACUGUUGAGGAGCUGGCACCCUGGGCUAACCAGAUCGACAUGGCUCUGGUCAUGACUGUUGAACCGGGUUUUGGAGGACAGAAGUUCAUGGAGGACAUGAUGCCCAAGGUGAGCUGGUUGAGGAGUCAGUUCCCUUCGUUAGACAUUGAAGUGGAUGGAGGGGUCGGCCCUGACAGCAUUCACAAAUGUGCAGAGGCAGGAGCCAACAUGAUUGUGUCAGGCAGCGCUGUGAUAGGCAGUGACGACCCUCGUUCUGUCAUUGCCCUCCUGCGCACCGCGGUGGCCGAAGCAAUCCAGAAACGUUCACUGGACCGCUGAUAAUUCCGCUUUGUCGAAGCUCUACUUGCCCGUCCCAGCAACACAACACAGCGGCCUGUGGAACAGACAUUUUUUGGGGUAGGGGUCGGGGGUUACGGUCGGAGCAGGGGGGGCUUCUGUGGAGGCGAGAGCUGAUGGCAAAUCCAAAUCACUGUUUGAUGUAAGUGAAGCUCCACGGCGCCUCUGCAAAACUUUCUGAACUUUAUCCUCUGCUGCCACAAUCUCCUCUCUGAACAAAUAACUCAAAGUGAGACGACCAUUUCGAGGCGGGAGCUGAGGCGACACCGAUUUCACAUCUGUAAACAUUCCUGAGUAUUGUUUGAUUACCCUGUAAGUUGGAAGUAUAAAUUAAUUAUGGAAAUAAAAUGGUCCUAGGAGCACCGCGUUCUCAGAUGGAAGUCAGUUUUUUUUUUCCAUCUGAGAUCAUCUUGGCUCCUUGGCUUUUGCUGUUUUCAUUGAAAUGGACCAUUCACAGGCAACUUAACACUACUGAGCAAAAAUAAUGUACACUUCUAAAUUCCAUGAGAUUUGGUUUUGCUGAUUAAAAAGACACAAAUGAA